AGCGUGGGUCGUGAGGAGCAGCAGACAUUGUUGUUACUGUUUCCAUAACUCUUACUCCUUAUAUUCUCUUGUAUUACUCUUAUACUCGCUCCUCCUCUUAUCUACUCUCACUCUCUGUCUACCUGGAUCAUCUACGCGUCUACCUGAGGAUAUAUAAUAGUUAUAUAAGUUAUAUUACAGGAUUCUAUGUAUAUACCUGGAGGUUAUUCCGGGGAUCAACGCCCCCGCGGCCCGGUCCAUGACCAGGCCUCCCGAUGGAUCAGGGCCUGAUCAACUAGGCUGUUACUGCUGGCCGCACGCAGUCCAACAUACGAGCCACAGCCCGGCUGAUCCGGCACUGACUUUAGGAUGCCAGGAUAUUAUGACAAAGGAGAGUAUGACUCAAGAGUCGGUGGUGGUGGUAACAGCAAUCGUUACAGAGGAAGAGGCCGAGGGCAUGGCAACUAUAGCUGGGGAAGCAGCAGAGGUAGCAGCACUAGUGGAGGUGGUGGGAGGGAUUACAACCAUGGUGGUAGCAACUACAACAGUGGGAGAUAUCGUGGAGGUGGAGGACAUGGUGCUUCUGGAGGCUACAGAGAGUCUGGGGGACAUGACAGAUACGGGGAUACCAGAAGGUCGAGUGCACAAAUGGAAGUAUGGGACGACAUGGGAUCCAGGGAGACAUCCGGUGGUGGUGGUGGUUAUUCAUCUCGCAUGUCCAAUGCUGGUGCAUCCGGUGGGAUGGGUGGAGGGGGCACAUCAGAUCUGAUUGGCUCCCUCAGCCAACUAAGUCAAAUGGGAAGCGAUAGAUCAAAGCUGGCCAUGAAUAUCUUAAAUGCUGUUUUGUCUACAGAUUCAUCAGUGGCUGAGAGCCAUGAUAGUUGGGAAAAUGGUCCACCCAGGAAGAUGAGACGUAUGGAUUGGGAUGGAAUGCAUCCACCACCUGCGCGCAGGUAUCCCUCGCGUGUCCGUCGCUACAGCCCUCGGCGGACCUGGGUACCCCGUGGCCGAGGUGGCCGCCCCUACUUCCCCGCUGAACAGCAUGCUGGGAAUGAGUACCAGUCCAGGAAGGUGGCAAGGGCCCGGCGUGGUAAGCCCUGGCAUGAUACCAGGAAUAGUAAGGGCCCUGCCAAGGACCAGAAGGUGAAGGAUGAGGGAAAAUCAUCUGAUGACCCAGAGGGGGACACUGCUGAUGCAGAGGAUGCAGCUGAUGCCAGCCAGAGUGAGACUGAGAAGGUGGUAAAGGCAAAGGUAGAUGAAGCAACUGGUGAGGAAGCAGAGGGUGAUGAAGAUGAUGAUACAGAGAAGAAAGAUAAGGAAAAACAGUGUGAUGAUGAGAUCACUUGGCUACCCAGGGAGGCUCUCCGCUGCCACAUGUGCAACCUCAACAAGUUCCCCGACUUGAAGGCAUAUUUGCGGCACCUGGAAAGCAAAAAGCAUGAAAAUAUGAAAUAUUCAUUCCAUGCCAAGGGUGCUGCCAUUCUGCAUUUCCUGAGGGCCGAGUCUAAGUUAGCCUCACAGCGGAGAAUGUUGAAGAGUCAGAGACGGGGUAUUAAGGGCCCUGUGAUGCGCUGCCGCAAGUGUCAGUGUGAUGUCUUUGGUUACAUCAGAGAACACGCCAAGACUGUAGAGCACAUUGCAUUGAGGAACUACCUCCGAGUUGACUGCUGUAACAACACAUACUUCAACAGGGCAGAUCUGGAAGAACACAGACUCUCUCUUGUCCACCUUAAGAAUCAGCUGGAACAGAAACAAAAACAGAAACAGAUGGAAGAUGAGGAGGAGGAGGAGGAGAAGACAGAUGACAUUGGUGUUCCCGAGGAUGAGGAAGGGAAAUUAUUUGCUAAAGCUAUAGCUCAGUUGAAGAAAAGUCCAGCUGCAGUAGUGACGAACCCAGAAACUCUGAUGCCUUAUGACCCCUCCAUAUCUCAAGGUUUAAACUUCAUUCAGAUGAAGUCGCACUACAGGUGUGAAGUUUGCCCUCAGGCUCGUUUGCAGAGCGCUAAAAAAACUGAGAGUCACUUUAAAUCCUUGGAACAUUACAAUAACUUGAAGAGUCAUCUUAACAAACUUGAGGAGGAGAAAGAGCUUAAGAAAAAGAGGCUUGAAGAAGAAGCUGCAAAGGCAGAGCUAGAGAAAAAGAAACAAGAUGAAGCAAAGAAGAAGAAUGGGGAACAGGAUGAAGGGGAGGAGAUCAGUUUCGAGGACAUGCACAACAUGGAAACAGUAGAUGAAGCAUCAGAUGAUGGAGAUAUGGAAACUGGUGGCAAAGUUAAUCAUGGAGCAGCCGAUGAUGAAGAUGAAAUACUGAGUGGUGAGGAUUUUGAUGAUGAUGAUGAUGAUAUGGGAGAAGGUGGCGAUGAUGAGGAUGAGGCUGAGGAGGAAGGUGAAGGUGAAGAGGAUGCAGAAGACAUUGAAGAGGAGCAUGAGCAUCCAGAAAGCUGUGAUGAUGAUAAGAAUGAGGCCUCAGCAUCUGUAACAAAUCAUCCCAAACAAGAAGUUAAGUCUGAACCUAAAGAGGAAGAAGAUAUUACCAUGAAGGAAGAACUAAUAAAGAAAGAUGAAACUGAAACCAAGUUAGAAUCUGAAACUAAAGAAGGGGUGAAGGUGCAGGAGCCAACAGUGAAGGAGGAAGACAUGCCCAGCCAGACCAAAGUUAAGAUUGAAGUGGCUACUCCCCGUGGCAGGAGAGGUAGAGGGAGGGGCCGGGGACGAGCUGCCAGGAACUAAGUCAUGGCUCUCUCUCCUUAAUGUAGACUUGUUUACAAUAAUUACAGUCAGUAAUAUGUUAAAAAACAAUUACUGGAAAGUGAAUUUUAAGGAUAGCAUUUAAAAUAGAAAAAAUUUGCAAAUCUGGGGAGGGGAAACUGGUUUGUUCAAAAUCGUGAAGUUGAUCACCAGUUGUCUUGCCAGUAAUUUUUUUUUUCUUUUUUUUCACUUGUAAUUUUUGUGUUGACAGGGCAUAAAAAAAGCAGCUUAAUCUGGCAGGUGUAAGUCAGUCUAAUAAAUCUAGUUGUUUGUGUGGUCCUGCAGUUUGUAUAGUCCAACUAGUGGUGUUAAUUUCAUAAUAAAUGCCUAUUACGUGUUAUGUAUGUUACAAAUGUACCAGUACAUUUUCAAGAAUUUGCUCAACUCAAAAACAGCAGUUUAGGACAACUGGAAUUGCUGUUUGCACUAGAGGAUAAUGUACUAAGAGGACAGUUAUUCUUGUUGCCUCUUGUGCAAUAAUCCAAGAGUAGAAAUUUUUAUCAUAAUUGAAGGCAUUCAGUUAAUUGAUGCAACAGAAAUCUUAUGUAUCGAGUUUGUAAUUAUCUCUGUGGGGGGCGAUGAUACUCCAAGGUGGAGAUAUGACUAAAGGUUGUUAGUAAUGACUGCAAGUUAAUUGUGUAUGAUUGCAGUAGUUAUAAAACUAAUUUUACACAAGCAAAAUUUUUUUUUUUUACAAAUAUUGAUGCAGUUUUGAAAUCAAAUUUGUAAUUUACAUGUAUAAAUAUGAAAUGAUUGUAGUAAACCUUUAUUUUGGACUUGAAUGUCCAGUGUCUCAGUCUUUAGGUUUAGGUCAGUAUCUUAAGGUUCUAAACCAUUGUCAUACUCUUAAGUUUUUUUUUCUGUAUGUCAGAUUAUAUUCUGUAUUUUAUUGACUGGUAAAUCCUAAUGAGAUUGAAAUAAAAGUUUCCAGUAUUUGAAAA